AUGUCGGACCACUUUACUGCCGAGGAGAACAUGCAAAAGGUCAUGUCAACAACAGAGGACAUAGAGAUGCCAUCCAAUGAGUCACAACACAGCUCACGCAAUUCUGAGGAUCAACACUCAGAAUUCAACCAUGAGCCCAUCCAGGAGCGGUAUGGAAAUCCUUCAUACUCGCGGUUUUGUCGUGUGGCUUCAAAAACCAUUGUCUCUUUCGGGCAGAAUGACCCAGAAAAUCCCGUAAAUUGGGGAAAGAAGAGAAAGUUCUUAGUCCUCGCAUCUGGUGUCAUGCAGGUCAUGAACAGCACGAUUGGUUCAUCGAUCUGUAGCAACGCCAUCCCUCAAAUCGCCGAAGAAUUUCACAUCACAAACCAAGCAGCCCUUGUAUUACCAAUCUCCAUCUUCCUAAUCGGUUACAUCUUGGGACCUCUACUAUGGGGACCAAGCUCUGAGUACUUCGGCCGGAAGCCACCUUUGCUUAUAGCUUAUUGUGGCUUCAUGAUUUUCACACUAGCUUGCGCAGUGGCAGAUUCAUAUACCUCAUUGCUUAUCUUCAGAUUACUCAACGGUAUGGUGGCCUCGGCGCCUAUUGCCACUGUCGGUGGACUGUUUGCCGACGUACAUGACGAUCCCACGCUCAGAGGUCGCUUGAUGGCAUACUUCAUGGCCUGCACAACCUUUGGACCAAUCAUCGGACCCUGGGUAUCUGGAUUUGUUGCCGUCGUUAGCUGGCGGUGGUGUUUCUGGAUCGGCCUUAUUUGCUCAGGAGCGACUUUCCCGUUGGUCAUCUUCAUGCCUGAAACCUAUGGGCCCGUGAUACUGAAGCGUCGCGCGAAAAAACUUCGCAAAGAUACUGGUAACUCGAGCAUCGUGUCUCCAUUGGAUGUGGAGAGCCGCAACCUGCGAGAAAUGUUCCUCAUCACGAUCUCACGCCCUUUCCGCAUGAUUAUGCACGAGUACAUCGUUUCUUUGAGUUCUCUGUAUCUUGCGCUUGCAUACGCGAUUUUCUACCUUUACUUCGAGGCCUACCCUAUCAUUUUUCAAGGCAUCUACAAAAUGAGUCCUGGUGUCUCCGGUCUGAUGUUCUUGCCAAUUGGUAUUGGUGCCAUCCUUGCAUGCGGAGUUUUCUUGUGGUACGACGGCUACCUAGCACGAGCAAAAGCCCGCAACGCCGAAUGGGCCUUCAUCGAAGAAUACCGAAGACUCCCUCUCGCCUGCAUUGGAGGACCGCUCUACGUUAUUUCCUUGUUCUGGGUAGGAUGGACAUCCUCGCCAAAUAUUCACUGGGUGGUACCAUUUCUCUCCGGAAUUCCCUUCGGAAUGGGCUAUCUCCUAAUUUUCAUGGCCAUGCUCAACUAUCUUACGGACGCCUACGAAACUCUCUCUGCAAGUGCACAAUCCGCUGCAAGCUGCACGCGGAGUAUCCUAGGAGCCGUGAUUCCUCUGGCUGCCAAGCCAAUGUUCGACCGUCUCGGCGUGGCUUGGGCUUGCAGUCUUAUUGCAUUCCUCAGCCUGGCUGUCUCUGUUAUCCCCUUUGCCUUUAUCCGAUAUGGUGACCGGAUCAGAGCUAACAGCAAGUUCUGCCAGGAACUCAAGCGCCUUAAGCAGGUUGAACGACUGGAACUGGAACGAGAGGAGCGUCUUGCUAAUGGCUCUGAUGAACUCAAACCUGUUCCGUCGUGCAAUACCAGUCGUUCGAUAACGAGAAUCGAUACUGCCCGCAGCCACGCUGACAAGGCGUCGAUCAUUUGUUAG